AUGGAACCAGGACCAUUCGUGCCCUCUCAAGGGUCAGCCCGGAAAAAUUACAGUCUUGCGACUGAGUUAGUUUUUAUAGACAAUUCGGAUGGAACAGGUGUUAGAGAUCUUUAUAAUGCUUCUUCUAUACCGAUUUAUCAAACAGCGACAUUCAAACAGUCAUCAACAUCAAGAAUGGAGGAAUUUGAUUAUACGAGAAGCGGAAAUCCUACUCGUUCUCACUUAGAGAAUCAUCUCGCCAAAAUCAUGUCUGCAAGUCGUGCCUAUGUCGUGAGUAGUGGUAUGAGUGCAUUGGACGUAGUAGCUCGCUUGGUCAAAACGGGCGAGGAGAUAAUCGCUGGUGAUGAUUUAUACGGAGGCACAAAUCGACUUCUUUCGUUUCUUAAUAAAAGUUUUGACAUCAAAUCACAUCAUGUUGAUACAACAAAUCCGGAUGCACUUUUACCCUACCUACAUCCCACAAGGACUCGUCUUAUUCUCCUAGAAUCACCUACAAAUCCAUUAAUCAAAAUUUCAGACAUUCCAAAAAUUGCAUCGAUCGUGCACGAGCGAUGCCCAAAUGCCUUGAUAGUAGUUGAUAAUACCAUGAUGUCACCUUACCUUCAAAGACCACUGGAAUUCGGUGCAGACAUCGUGAUACAUUCUGGAACAAAAUACCUUAGUGGACACCAUGAUUUAAUGGCAGGCGUGAUUGGUGUUAAGGAUGAAGUUGUUGCAGAGAAAAUUCAUUUUACCAUUAAUGCAACUGGGUGUGGUCUUACACCAUUUGAAUCAUGGCUGCUACUUCGGGGCAUCAAGACUUUGGCAGUCCGUAUGGAAAAGCAACAGGCUAACGCAAUGCGGAUAGCAGAAUUUCUUGAAUAUCAUGGGUUUAAAGUUAUGUAUCCUGGGUUAAGGUCACACCCACAGUACGAUAUACACACCACUAUGUCCCGUGGACCUGGAGCCGUAUUGAGUUUUGUAACUAACGAUGUAGAAAUUAGUGAACGAGUAGUAGAAUCCACAAAAUUAUGGUCCAUUAGUGUCAGCUUUGGAUGUGUCAAUUCGUUAAUAAGAAUGUCACAUGCGAGUAUUCCUGCGGCAGUGCGGCAAGAAAGAGGUUUUCCAGAAGAUUUGAUUCGUUUAUGUGUUGGAAUUGAAGAUGUAAACGAUUUGAUUGAAGAUUUAUAUUCGGCAUUAGUUACAGCUAAUGCCAUAAAAGUCAUCAAGCCAAAUGGAUAUAUUAAAUAA